AUGAAGAAAGUCAACCUCACAGAGGUAAGGGAGUUUGUUUUCCAGGGUUUUGCCAAUUUCCAAGAGCACCAACUCACACUUUUUGUUGUCUUUCUUGCCCUGUACAUCCUAACUUUGACUGGCAAUGUCAUCAUUGUGACUAUUAUCCGCAUUGACCACCACCUUCAUACGCCCAUGUACUUCUUCUUAUGUGUCCUCUCUACCUCAGAGACCUUCUACUCCCUGGUCAUCAUCCCACGCAUGCUUUCUAGCCUGGUAGGCAUGAGUCAAUCCAUCUCACUGGAGUUCUGUGGGGUUCAGCUCUUUUUUUUCCUUGGUUUUGCCAUCACCAACUGUCUCCUGCUAGCAGUCAUGGGAUAUGAUCGCUAUGUGGCCAUCUGCGACCCACUUCGCUACAACGUCAUCGUGAACUGGAGGGUCUGUGGCAUGCUAACAUCGGCAGUCUGUGCCACCGGGUUCUCGCUCUCUCUAGUUCAGGCAGUGGCUAUUUUCAGGCUUCCCUUCUGCAACUCACUGAUUGAGCAUUUCUUCUGUGAUGUUCGACCUGUUCUGGACUUGGCCUGUGCUACCCCAAUGAUCAAUGAUAUCUUGACAUUAAUUAUUAGCCUCCUGGCCAUCACAGCCCCUGCCACCUUCCUCUUCAUCUCCUAUGUCCUCAUUAUUUCCACCAUUCUUAAAAUUGCUUCAGCUGAGGGCCGGAAGAAGACCUUUGCCACCUGUGCCUCCCACCUCACUGUGGUCAUCAUCCACUAUGGCUGUGCUUCCAUUGCCUACUUCAAGCCCAAGUCAGAGAAUACCAAGGAUCAGGACCAGCUGAUCUCAGUGACCUACACAGUCAUUACACCUUUGCUAAACCCUGUUGUAUACAGUCUGAGGAACAAAGAAGUCAAAGAUGCUCUACGGAGAGUGUUGGGUAGAAAAUCCCUUUCUUAA